CAAGCAUUUUUAUGUGUAUAGAAAAAUAAUACUUGACUUUGCAGUUUCCAUUUCCAAUCUUCAAAGUCAUAUCUUACCAAACUCACAUCUCUAGCUAAUAUAUCCCCUAUAUUUUGUUACAAAUAUAUAUAUAUAUAUAUAUCUUACACAAAGACAGUGCAUGUGAUAUAGAAAUCAAGAUGGGAAGCCAAGGCAUGAGUUCACCGAGUCCCUUGGUGGUGAAGAAAUCGCAAGUGGUUAUAGUGAAACCCUCAAAGGCUACACCUGAUGUCUCUCUUUCUCUCUCCACACUCGACAACGAUCCUUAUCUCGAAACCCUCGCCAAAACCAUCUAUGUCUACGCUCCACCAUCCCCAAACGACCACGUCCACGAUCCAGCUUCCCUUUUUCAGCAAGCUCUCUCUGACGCCCUUGUCUAUUACUACCCUCUCGCUGGAAAACUUCACCGGGGAUCACACGACCAUAGACUAGAAUUGAGGUGCAGUCCCGCGGAAGGAGUCCCCUUUGUUAGGGCAACCGCAGACUGUACUCUCUCUUCCCUCAACUAUUUGAAGGACAUGGACACUGACUUAUACCAACUCGUACCUUGUGAUGUAGCUGCGCCCUCUGGCGAUUACAACCCUCUGGCUUUGCAGAUCACUUUGUUUGCAUGCGGAGGGCUCACUCUUGCUACGGCCCUCUCUCAUUCCUUGUGUGAUGGUUUUGGAGCGUCUCAGUUUUUCAAAACCUUAACUGAGCUCGCCGCGGGAAAAACACAACCUAGCAUCAUCCCCGUCUGGGACAGACAUCGUCUCACUUCUAACAACUUUAGCUUAAACGACCAAGUGGAGGAGGGACAAGCUCCCAAGCUAGUUGAUUUUGGAGAGGCUUGCUCUUCUGCGGCAACUUCUCCCUACACACCCAGCAACGACAUGGUAUGUGAGAUCCUCAACGUGACAUCCGAAGAUAUUACUCAGCUCAAGGAGAAAGUUGCGGGGGUGGUCACGACUCUAGAGAUUCUUGCGGCCCACGUCUGGAGAGCAAGGUGCCGGGCCUUGAAGUUAAGUCCAGAUGGGACUUCUCUUUUCGGAAUGGCUGUGGGUAUACGCCGCAUUGUGGAGCCACCAUUACCGGAAGGGUACUACGGAAACGCAUUUGUCAAAGCCAACGUAGCAAUGAAGGCUGGAGAGUUAAGCAACUCACCGUUGUCUCACGUUGUUCAGCUCAUUAAAGAGGCAAAGAAAGCGGCACAGGAGAAGAGGUACGUGUUGGAGCAGUUAAGAGAGACAGAGAAAACGUUGAAGAUGAAUGUAGCGUGUGAAGGAGGGAAAGGAGCGUUCAUGUUGCUUACUGAUUGGAGGCAACUUGGAUUGCUAGACGAAAUUGAUUUUGGGUAUGGAGGAUCAGUGAAUAUUAUACCAUUGGUGCCCAAGUAUCUGCCGGAUAUUUGUAUUUUCUUGCCGAGGAAGCAAGGUGGUGUUAGAGUGCUAGUCACGCUGCCCAAAUCUGUAAUGGUCAACUUCAAGGAACACAUAAAUCCCCUAAAUACAUGAAAUUAAUAAGCAGGUGAAUGUAAUUCACAGUGUUUCUUUAAAAUAUGAAAAGGACCUCAUGCGAUUGUAUAUUUAAAGCUUUUGUUUGCUGUUUGUUUAAGUUUUUCACAUUUGGAAAGUAAUAUUUUACAAACCAAUAAUGUAACGCCACGUCAGCAACAAUAUUCCUUCUAAAGACCCCAC